AUGCAUUUGCUAUCUGUAACUGAGGACGAUGCUCCGGAUCGACUUUACGAUAGCCAACACAAAAAACAGCAGAAUCACAGCACCGUUUCACCGCUAGACAUUCGUCCCGAUAUUGACUUGGAUCUUGCCAGCCUCCAGACAGAACAGAGCAAUUCCAAGACAACCAAUAUCGACACGGUAUCAUCUUUGGAGCUCUGUCAAAUAAUUAACAAUGAGGAUGCAACUGUCGCCAGUGCUGUGCAGGCUUGCUUACCGCAAGUGGCCUCUGCAAUAGAUACCAUUGUCCCGCGUCUUUUAGCUGGCGGGCGAGUGGUGUACUCUGGAGCAGGGACGAGUGGAAGGCUCGGUGUCCUUGAUGCUUCUGAAAUUCCUCCCACAUUCUCAGCACCUCCUGGGCAGUUCAUUGGCAUGAUUGCUGGCGGAGAUUAUGCUAUUCGCAAUGCUGUAGAGGGUGCUGAAGAUUCAGAAGCUAUGGGCGCUACAGAUCUCAUGCAAUUGUCUCCACCACUCAGGGAGACGGAUGUUCUCAUAGGAAUUGCCUCGUCUGGAAGGACUCCUUACGUUCUAGGGGCUCUAAAGCACGCCCGCUCUGUCGGGGCUGCUACGGUCGGUCUGGCGUGCGUACAACCUAGCGCACUCAGGGGACUCUGUGACAUCCUUAUUGAAUGCGUGACCGGCCCAGAGGUCGUAACUGGAAGCACAAGGCUAAAAGCAGGAACUGCAACCAAGAUGAUUUUGAACAUGAUAUCGACUGGAUCGCAGAUCCGCAUGGGGAAAACUUUUGGGAACCUGAUGGUCGACUUGAAAAUGACAAACGAGAAGCUACGGGAUAGAGCUCGUCGCGUGGUGCGGAUGGUGGUGCCCUCGACCGCAACGCUAGAUGUUGGGCGAGAAGAAGUGCUCGACGAGGUCUUGGCUAAAUGCGAUGGCCUGGUCAAACUUAGCAUUUUGGUAGCGACACUGGGGUGCUCUUGCGACGAAGGCCGAUCCAUUCUUGAAGCCUCGUCGGGGUCUUUGAAGCGGGCACUACAAGUCCGUUCCGAAUAA